AAUAAAGAUAUAUAUUUUGGUGGUAAUGAAAAUGGCUCCACAGAAUGCCGACUCGGAGUCUAUGCAAGUUCAAGAGCUCACUGCACCAGCCCCAGACCUCCAGAAAUCUGAAAAUAAGGAGAGUGAAAACCACGAUGAGACAGUUAGUGAAGGAUCCAUAGACCGCAUACCAGUUCGCCUUUGGGUGAUGCAUGGGGCAGUAAUGUUUGGCAGGGAAUUCUGUUAUGCCAUGGAAACGGCUUGGGUCACACCGAUAUUGUUGCAAAUUGGUCUUCCGGAACAGUACUAUAGCCUCACUUGGUUCCUUAGCCCUAUCCUGGGUCUCAUCUGCACUCCACUGAUCGGUUCUGCUAGUGACCGAUGUACACUUAGCUGGGGCCGCCGGCGGCCUUUCAUUCUUGCUCUCUGCAUCGGAGUUCUCUUUGGAGUUGCACUUUUCCUCAAUGGUCCUGCCUUAGGUCUGGCCCUUGGUGAUGUUCAGAAUAAGCAUCCAAUUGGGAUCGUCCUCACAGUGCUUGGUGUUGUGGUUUUGGAUUUCAGUGCAGAUGCAACAGAAGGGCCAAUUCGUGCCUACUUGCUGGAUGUCGUGGACAGUGAAGAACAAGACAUGGCCCUUAACAUCCAUGCCUUUUCAGCCGGUCUUGGAGGAGCAACUGGCUAUGUGCUUGGAGGAUUGGAUUGGACACAGACCUUCUUAGGUGUCUGGUUUAAAACCCAGUAUCAAGUUCUCUUCUUCUUUGCAGCUGUCAUUUUCACAGUGUCUGUAGUCCUUCACCUUUUUAGCAUCGAAGAAGAGCAAUAUUGCCCUCAGCAAGAGCGAAUUGAAGAAGCAGACACCCUCUCCAGCGGCAAAUUCAGCAGCAGCCUCCCCCCGCUCAGCCGCUUGAAUGUAAUUAAUGAGGGAGAGCCAUAUGGGGUGUCUAUGUUUGCUGAUGAAGUACAGUCUGAGCAUGAGCUCAGUCUAGAUUAUCUCGAUGUGGACAUCGUAAGAAGUAAAAGUGACUCUGUACUUCACAUGCCUGAUGCAACAUUGGAAAUUGAGCCAGAGCUACUUUUCCUUCAUGACAUUGAACCCUCCAUUUUUCAAGACUCUUCAAACCCUAACACUCCCCGAAGCACCAGCCAGGAGCUUAUGAAAUGCAAACGGAGCCGUUUGUCCACUCUCCUCAGGGAAAAUGAAAAAGAAGAUGAUAUGUUGCUUGAUAAUCACUUGAAUGAAGCCAAAGUCCCAAAUGGCAGUGGCUCUCCACCAAAAGAUCUCAUCAACGGAAACUCUAAAAUGGCCUUGAAGACGUCAAACACUUCAGGCUCCAUUCGGAGGAGAAGGCACAUGUUCUACCGCCAGGCCUCUUGCACCUUUUCGUACUAUGGCAAAGUAGGGUCUCACCGUUACCGUUUCCGAAGAGCUAAUGCCGUUGUUCUGAUUAAGUCAUCCCGCAGCAUGAAUGAUAUCUAUGAUAUACAGAAGAGGCAUCGUCAGAGGUGUAGACAAAGAAACCAGAGUGGUGCGACCAAUUCUAGUGGCGACUCAGAGAGCGAAGAAGGGGAAAAUGAGACCACAGUCAAACUGCUGUGGCUGUCCAUGUUGAAGAUGCCCAAGGAGCUAAAGAGGCUUUGCCUGUGUCACCUUGUGACCUGGUUUUCAAUCAUUGCCGAAGCAGUGUUUUAUACAGAUUUUAUGGGCCAAGUUAUCUUUGAAGGUGACCCUAAGGCACCUUCAAAUUCUACUGCUUGGCAUGCAUAUAAUGCCGGCGUGAAGAUGGGCUGUUGGGGAUUAGUCAUCUAUGCCUCUACUGCUGCUAUUUGCUCAGCCCUGUUACAGAAGUAUUUGGACAACUAUGACCUUAGUAUAAGGGUCAUUUACAUCCUAGGAACGCUGGGCUUUUCGAUUGGUACUGCAGUGAUGGCCAUUUUCUCCAACAUCUACAUCGCUAUGAUAAUGAUCAGCACUAUGGGCAUCGUCUCAAUGAGCAUAUCCUACUGUCCCUAUGUACUCUUAGGGCAAUAUCAUGAGAUUAAAGAGUAUGUGCAACACAGCCCUGGAAAUUCAAGGCGUGGAUUUGGCAUUGACUGUGCAAUCCUCUCCUGUCAGGUGUAUAUUUCCCAAAUACUUGUAGCCUCUGCACUUGGUGGAGUUGUGGAAGCAGUAGGUACUGUCCGUGUUAUUCCGAUGGUGGCAUCUGUGGGGUCAUUCUUGGGCUUUUUGUCAGCAACAUUCCUGGUGAUUUACCCUGAUGUCUGUGAAGAAUCCAAGGAAGAGCAUAAGGGACUGUCUUCUCGCCACACAGCUGGGAGUGGCAACACUGAGGAGAGACCCAAUGUUUUAAAGCUCUUUCGGAAAGAGGAUACCCAAGUCUCAGUAGAGAGCGAGUCAGUCAUCUGAACCUACCAUUCUGAUUUACACACAUU